UACCAACCAUUACUUUUCCAUAAUUCAAAAAAAUGAAGCUCAACAUGCUUCUUUUCCUUUUGAUCACCAUCACCAUCACCACAACCACCCUGCCGCCGCCGCCGCCGGCGGCCAGCGGGAAGCCGCCGAGCAACGAGACGGUAUACAGAAUCUCGCAAGGCCUCUGCUGGAGCUGCGUGGGAGACGCCAUAGAGUUCUUGUACGGGCACAACUUGGUGCGGGCAAGGAAGAUGCAGCUGCCCCUGCGGUGGGAUUCCGGGCUGGCCGGGUACGCGGCGUGGUGGGCCGGGCAGCGGCGGGGCGACUGCGCGGCGGUGCACUCCUUCCCCGAGGGCGGCUUCACGCUGGGCGAGAACAUAUACUGGGGCAGCGGGCAGGGCUGGACGGCGAUGGACGCCGUCGGCGCAUGGGCCGACGAGGAGAGGUACUACGACUACGGCAGCAACAGCUGCGCCGCCGGCCGGAUGUGCGGCCAUUACACGCAGAUCGUGUGGGGCAGCACGCGGAGCGUCGGCUGCGCGAGGGUUGUUUGCGACGCCGGAGAUGUGUUCAUGACUUGCAAUUACUCGCCGCCGGGGAAUUACGUCGGGGAGAGGCCUUAUUGAUCCGAACGAGAUCCUCUGUCCCAUAAUUUAUAAUUUAUGGUGUCCUGUCGUGUUUCACCCUUAAUUUGUUGUAAAGUUUAACUACAUUUUCUUCAAUAUUAAUUUAUUACUAUGUUUUAAUA